AAUACAUCAAAAAUGUUUUCUAAGGUCGUCAUCAUCUGCGCUCUCGCCUUCAUAGGACAGGCCAUCUGCAAUCCAACAUGCUGCAAAAUUGGCUCCUCGAAGCUGAUUAGCUCCCCGAAGCUGAUUAGCUCUGGCUACUCCUCUGGCAAGUGCGAGUCCAUCGUGAUCUCCAACAGCGGCGGCGACCUGCUCGUCACCAGCAUCGGCCCCAUCUCGCCAUCCGGCAUCGCCGUGGCCACCGAGCUGGACCUGGCGGGAGACCUGGAGCUCUCCGGCGAGCUGCCGUACCUGAGCGCCGUGGCGUUCGACGGCAGCUUCGACACCAGAGGCUCGGCCGCGGUCUCGUACGGCUGUGGCUGCGGAGACAACAUCGCCAUCACGAAGGUGAUCGGCAACUCGAACAGCGGCAACGCCAACCUCAGGUCUGGAUCCUCCAACAUCUACAGCUGCGGGUGCGGUUGUGCUUAACUUCAGUCAAUUUAUGGAAACAUAAACUUUAAUCAAAUAAACAAAUCGCAAGUAAAACGAA